CACUAUGGUAGUGCUUCCGGGUUGGGAGAAAGAUGGCGGGAGCUUCGGCCGGUAGGUUGUGAGCGCUUUUAUUAAUCCUUUCGGUUAAAAAAGAAAUGCGCAUUGUAGAUCGAGUAGUGGAUGAUAGUUGUCUUCAUUGCCGGAACCCUUCUUUGGCCUGAGGUCUCCAGGGUUGGGAUUGGCGCCUCUGUCUCCUCAGCUGCCUCUCCAGGCCUGAACACAUGGGAACUGAGACUCGGGUCUUUGGGAAUAACAGGAUCGAGAGUUGGACGUCAGGUUAAAUCCUUCUAACUGCACACCCCAGAAUAGGGUAGGCUCUCUGUUGUACCCUAAAGAUUGUGAGAGAAUCCGAGACCAGGCUUGCGCAUGUGCGCUGCAGAGCGGGAAGCGUUUGCAGGUAUAGCUUUUGAACCUCACACAAGUUGAAUUGAAUAAGAAACCCCAAGCAGCAAACCUAGGAGCUUCAACCUGGCAAAAGCAACUAAAAGGAAGAAAAUGGAAGGAAAAUCAAGCAGAUAUGAAAUCCAUACUCCAGUUGUUGACAAGAAGAAGAAAAAGAAGAAACAUUUGGUAGACAAGGAAAUACAUCAGAAGUGCUCCAGUAAAAGUUUCAAAGAUUCCUGCCUGGAAAACAAACAGUCUGAAAUAACUAAGAGCAAAAAAAAGAGAAAAGAUAAACAGCAUCUCAUUUCUUCUCCUUUGAACAAAUCAGAAAUUUGUGACAAGACCGAAAAGGCCACUUCAAUACUCAAAAAGAAAAAAAAGAAGAGAAAAAGUGCUUUGGGGGUAGACAGGCAAACAGUUGUUGAAUAUGUCCUUGUGGAUAAAGAAAACAUUGAGAACACACCGAAGAAUUUUAAAAAGGAUGUCGGUGUCAUUUCUGCUGAUAAGAACAAGGAACAAAAGUCAGCAGAAGAGCCUGAAGCAGAUGAACUGCCUUCAGUUCCUAAGUCAUACAAAGAUGAGUCAACAGAACUACAUGAUAAAGUCAGGAGAAAAAAGCAUAAAAAACAGCAGAGGACAGAAGCACCCUGUGAUCCCCAGGAAAGCCCACAGGCGACCAUUGCCUGGCACCAAUCAGAAACACAGGAGCAGGAAUCCUUGCAUUCUGGGGGCCUACGAGGGGAAACUCCAGAACUGUCAGUAUCUGCUGUUAAAAAAAAGUCUAAGAAAAAAAAGAAGAAGAAGCUUUCAAAUAACGCAGAGUUUGAGGCAUCGGCCAUGCCUGAGAGUCUUGAGAACCUGUCCCCUGAAGGAUCACAAGUGCUCAGUGAGAUUGGUACUGUAGAAGGCAGUGACGCCCUUAAAGAGAUCAAGGAAUCCAGCGGUGCAAAGACAAAGUCUAAGAAAAGGAAGCGAAGGUCUUUUGAAAGUGCUGUCGGAUCUGGUGCUGAUUUGUCAGUGCUCAAUAAGAGCUCUGAGAACACACACGUAGGUCUGGAAGGUGAUGGUUCACUGGCAAGUGAGGGUGCCUCGAUUGAAGAAAUUGUGAAAGCCAGGACAAAAAGGAAGAAAACCCAGUCCUGUUCAGAGGAGAAGUAUGUGGAAGAGGUACAGAGAUUAGAAUCGACAAAUGAAGAAGAGAUCAAUUUGGAAUCGGCUAGACAUUCUGAAACAUAUUUAUCUGACGAUUCCAGAGAUUCAGAUGAUUCAGAUGUGGAUUUGGGUUCUGCUGUGGAGAAGCUACGAGAAUUUAUUCCUGGUAUAAAGGAAAGGGCUGCCACUACAAUUAAGCGAAUGUAUCGAGAUGACUUCGAACGGUUUAAAGAAUUUAAAGCACAAGGUGUUUCUAUUAAAUUUGGCAAGUUUUCUGUAAAGGAGAAUAAACAACUAGAGAAAAAUGUACAAGAAUUUCUGUCCCUGACAGGAAUCGAGACUGCAGACAAGCUGCUGCACACUGACAGAUAUCCAGAGGAGAAAUCUAUGAUCACCGAUUUAAAACGAAAAUAUGCAUUUAGAUUGCACAUUAGCAAGGGCAUUGCUCGGCCUUGGAAACUAGUAUACUAUAGAGCAAAGAAGAUGUUUGAUAUCCAUAAUUACAAAGGCAGGUAUAGUGAAGGAGAUGCUGAGAAGGUAAAGCUAUACCAUUCCCUCCAUGGAAAUGACUGGAAAAAGAUUGGUGAGCUGGUGGCCCGGAGUAGCCUGUCUGUUGCCCUGAAGUACUCCCAGAUCAGCAAUCAAGUAAAUCAUGGUACUUGGAGUAAGACAGAAACCCAGAAACUAGUCAAGGCCGUUGAACAAGUGAUUCUAAAAAAGAUGUCUCUCGAGGAAUUAAAGGAGGUAGAUUCUAGGCUCCAGGAAAAUCCUGAAGGCCGCCUAUCAAUUGUUCGGGAAAAGCUCUACAAGGGCAUAUCUUGGGUAGAAGUAGAAGCUAAAGUGGAAACAAGAAAUUGGAUGCAGUGUAAAAGUAAGUGGACUGAAGUUUUAACCAAAAGGAUGACUAAUGGUCAGGAUGUAUACCGGGGAGUCAAUGCCCUGCAGGCCAAAAUCAACCUUAUUGAAAGGUUGUAUAAAAUAAAUGUGGAAGAUUCUAAUGAAAUAGAUUGGGAAGACCUUGCCAGUGCCAUAGGUGAUGUUCCUCCAUCUUUUGUUCAAAGUAAAUUUUAUAAGCUAAAAGCUACCUGUGUUCCCUUUUGGCAGAAAAAGACUUUUCCAGAGAUUAUAGACUACCUUUAUGAAACCAGUCUACCUUUGCUUAAAGAAAAGUUAGAAAAGAAGAUAGAGAAAGAAGGCACUGAAAUCCGGACUCCUGCAGCACCAAAGCAAGUUUUCCUUUUUCAAGACAUCUUUUAUAGUGAAGACGAUAGUGAGGGAGAAGAUGUAAAUGAAAAAUGUUAAGCAGAGGUCACCAUUUUCUUGUCCUUUUUUUCUAUCUGAUUGUAUUUAUAUACAUGUAUUAACAGAGCUCCUUUCAGUAUUGGUGUUUAUUAAAGAAUGCACAAUGGCCUGGGAAGGAUAUGAAAAUCAUUUAUAUUCUGGAACAUUAGUAACUUAUUAAUGCAUUCAUAUUAAAGUUUGUUUCAGUGUAUGUAGAAAGAAGAGCAUAUGAGAUGAUUCAAUAUUUCUGUGCCAUUUUUUUGAAAAUACAAGUAACAGUUUAAUAAAACAAAAUAUCCCUAGUCUCUCUGAUUGCAGCAGAAGGCGGAGUCACGUCUUACGAACAUUGAACAUUUCGUUAUGCGGACUCCACUGUAUGUGCUCAGCAAAAAUGAGAAAGUUCGCAAUAUUUAUAAUACAUGCCAUUUUGCUCUGUUUUUCUGGUUGUUUAUAUAUGUAUGUUCUCAGGAUAUAUAAGCAUUAGGUGCGAGUUGUGAAUCUGCUGUAUCCUCAGACUGGCCUCCGUUCCUGCUUACCUAUCACAGUGUGUGCAUCUCAUCUUCCUGAGUAGGAUUCCAGCGUUUAAACAUGCGUGUUUUUUAUACAAGAUGCCCUCUGAAAGCAAGUUACCAAAUUCAUUUGAUUUUGAACUGAAAAAAAAAAAAAACCAGCAGUGAAUUGUUGCUUGUAGAAAAACUUAUUUCUCAUUUUAUCAUUUUCCUUUAAAAACUAUUAAUGGCUUUGUUAGACUUACUGAAAAAUGGUAUGUCAGUCUCACACUCAGCUCACACCUAAUAGAUUUUCAGUGAUAUUUUUAACAUUGGGCUAGUGUGUUAGUGGCGGGGGGAGGGGAGCCACUGUAGAUAUUUCAGAGAAGGAUUUAAUAUAGGUAUUUGGAUUACAAAAUAGGAUAGGAUAAAGGAGGAAAGGGGGGUAGGCUGAAUUACCCAGAGAUCAGGAAUUGUGGGGAAGCUGCUGCAGCCCCCUGUAAGGCCUGCACUAAUCUGCCUCAUGGGGGUCCCUGGGUAGCAUAAACAGUUAAACACUCGACUCCUAGCUGAAAGGUUGGCAGUUUGAACCCCUCCAGAGGAGUCUUGAGAGACAGUCCUGGUGAUCUGCUUCCAAAAGUUGACAGCCUUAAAAACCCUGUGGAGCAGUUCUACUCUGCACACACAGAGUCAUCAUGAGUUGGAAUUGACUCAAUAGCAACAAGCUAUACCAUCCUGCCUCUGGCUGAGCCCCAAACUCUGGGGUGGCUGCUGCUGCUGCUGCUGCUGCUGCUUCAGCCACUGUCACCACUGCCCUUGCAGGGGCCUGUGCUCCUCUCUCCCUUCGCUGCCACAUGGCCACCUCAGGAACCUGUCAUGUCCGGGGAACACAGCGGCUUCUGCCUCCCUCCUGCCUUCUCGUCUCUCAUGAGUGCCUCCGACAGGCAGCCCCUUAGCAGGCAAGAGAGACUGGGAAAUAAAGUUGUCAGGCAUCUGUCCCUCUCUGUAUAAGGGAGAGCAUAGAAAGGAAACUAAGGGUUAACCGUGUCCAGUAGAGUGAUAUCACUAUCUGUGCUAAGAUGCAACGCCAUUGUCUUCUCAGUGUGCUCUCUGAUGUCUUUUAUAGAACAAUUUAUGAUGUUUUGUUAGUUAAUCUACAAAGCUAGGUAUUUUUCCAAACCGGCCAUUGUUGGAGAGGGAGGAAUUCCGAGAAACAAGUUUAGGAGUCCCUGUUCAUCACUACAUCCCCAGUACCUAUCAUUAAACCAAAAAGCCAAACCCGUUGACGUCCAGUUGAUUCUGACUCAUAGCAACCGUAUAGGACAGGGUAAAAUGACCCCAUAGAGUUUCCAAGGAGCACCUGGUGGAUUUGAACUGCUGACCUUUUGGUUAGCAGCCGUACACCUAUCAUACUGCUGUGCAAAUAAUAGACAUUCACUAAAUAAAUGAAUAUAUUUUCUUUCCAGCAAACAGCAUUUCCCCUUAGUCACUUCCUUCUGUCUCUCAAAUAUACCAAGCUUCAUGCUAAUGGAAAUAUAAAUUGUAUAUUUUCUUUUGAAGAACAAUCCAGUAAGAUACAUCAAAAGCCUUAUGAAAGUACGUAUUCUAUGAUCCAGCAAUUUCACGUCUAGCAAAUUCUCCAAGGAGAUGUCUUAGUUGUCUAGUGCUGCUGUAACAGAAAUACCACAAGUGGGUGGCUUUAACAAACAAAUUUAUUUUCUCACAGUUUAGGAGGCUAGAAGUCCAAAUUCAGAGCAUCAGCUCAAGGGGAAAGCUUUUCUCUCUCUGUUGGCUCUGGGGGAAGGUCCUUGUAUCUUCCCAGCUUCUAUUCCUGUGAUCUUCGUGUAGCUUAGCAUCUAUCUUCCCCAAUCUCUGCUUGCUUAAUCUACUCCUUUUAUAUCUCAAAGGAGAUUAACUCAAGACACACUGUAUGCUAAUACUGCCUCAUUGACAUAACAAACACAACCAUCCCCAAAUGGGAUUAUAAACAUAACUCACAGUGACUCUAUACAGAGUAGAACUGCCCCAUAGGGUUUUCAAGGAGCACCUUGUGGAUUUGAACUGCCAGCCUUUUGGCUAGCAGCCAUAUCUCUUAACCACUGUACCACCAGGGUUUCCAAACCAUAACUACAGGGGUUAGGAUUUACAACGCAUUUUUGGUGGACACAAUUCAGUGCAUAGCAGGGGAUAAUAGAAAUAGUAUAUAAAAAUGGCACAUUUAUAAUAGAGAAAAAAUAGAAAAAUGUACAUGUUCCUUAAUAGGAAACUUGUUAAAUUAUAGUAUACUACUAGAAUGGAAGAUUAUGUAGUAAUUUAAAAAGAUAAUGGUAGAUUUGAUUGACAUGAAAAGGUUAACAUUAUCAACUGAAAUAUUUCAGAAGAGUGUAUUUUCUCUUUUUUGUAAAGUAAAAAAAAAUGUAAAGGAAAUUGUAUAUAUAGAUGCAUUAAAAAAUAUGGGAGGAAAUAAACCCAAAAUGUCAACAGUGGUUCUCUCUGGGCAAUGGGGUUGUGAGUUUAUAGGUUAGGACUCUGAAUUGUAAUUGCCAGAGAGUUAGACUCAAAAAGACUUAAGGAAUCUGAGUUCUCAAAACUGAAAGUCCAAAGGUACCACUAGUUUAAGUAAGGGUUGAGCCAUCUACUCAGUGUCACCAAAGACCUGCUUUCUUGCUGAUUCUCUGCUGUGCCUUCUGUGGAGUCCACUUACCUUCAGUCCACACAAGGUGACCCUUUGGCCCCCCAUACCCUCAUAUAGCCACAUGAUUUUAGCAGUUCUGUUCCCCACAGGGGAAAAUAGAGGGUCUCUUCUGAUAAAAAAAAAAAACUAGGUUUUGCUCUUAGUGCCCAAAUAAGAUCUCAUACCCAACUCUGAAUGAUCACUGUAGCCAAGGGGAUAGGAUUGGGUUCAACCAAUCUGGGCUUAUCUCUCAAGCUGGGAUUUGGCUCACUAUUGCUUGAAUGGCCGAGAGGGUAAAUACCCAGUGUAAAGUCCAGGUACCAUCAGCAGAAGAAGGGAUGAAUGGACUCUGGGGAAGCAACCAGCAAAUGCAUUACAGUGGGUAAAUUAUUUGUGCUACAAAUUUUAUCCAAUAAACUUGUGUACUUUGUAAAAGUUUUGUUCCUGUAACUUGUUCUCACCUGUAUUUCUCAUGCCCCUUC